AUGAAUCGCUCAAAGUAUACGUACAAGUAUGUUUAUCCUUUGAUAAAAUAUGGGAUUAUCAAGGAUGUCAAUACAGAGCUUUAUUCUACAGAAAGACUACCCUUGCUUCAUAUAGCAGUUUCGAACUGUGAUGAAAGAUUGGUCGAUUGUCUGCUUAAUAACGGAGCUGAUACGAAUGUAAAUAUUUGGGAAUCAGGUACACCUCUUCACCUCGCUGUUGCCAUGGAAAAUCUUGAAAUAACUAAGAGAUUAAUAAAAUUUGGAGUAAACGUUAAUGCGCAAACACUUGUUAACCCUUGGUUUAUACCCUUACACACAGCGAUUCUAAAAAAUAACACAGAAAUUGCCGAAUUUUUAAUUAAAAACGGCGCUGAUGUUAAUUUUGAGUUGGAGGUUGAUAAUCCGAGGUAUCGUGGCAAAACAAUGUUGAAUUUGGCAAUUUUCAAAGGUCAUGAAGAAAUGGUCAAACUACUACUGAAACAUAAGGCUGAUCCCAAUAUUUUAACUCCGGGACAUGGAUCAUCACUAGCCGUUGCUGCUCGUACCAAAAAUGUGGCAAUUAUGAAGCUUCUUCUAGCAUACGGCGCAGAUAUUAAUUAUGCACCAUCGAGUAAAUCUAAUUAUUUAACUCCUCUAAAUAUGGCCAUCAUCAAACAAGAUUUAAAAGCAGUGGACUUAUUGUUAAAUAAUAACAUGAUCAAUAUAAAUCCAGCGACACAACAAACUCUUCCAGUUCUUCAUGUCGGAGUUAUCUUUAUAACAAAUUGUUGUAUAAUACAACGUCUUCUUGAUGCUGGCGUCGAUGUUAAUUUAGAAGCGGGUGGUCAAACGGUAUUAGACCCAGUUACUGUCUACCGACCAAAUGCAGUACGUCAACAUGUUCAAUACAUAAUAAAAAAGCAUAUCGUAAAACUUCGUGCGGCUAAUUUCUAUGUAAGUAAAAAAAAUUUGGCAGCAGUGGAUAGCAAAGACCUUAAAGACUUGCAUAAUCAGUGUAUUAUAGAAAUUGAACAAAUGAAGAAAAUAAAUAUAGGUUUAAGUAAUCUUACGUUUUAUGAUGUAUUGCAUAAAUCUCGACACGAUACGCCGGAAUGA